CAAAGUAUGCACAAACACCAUACAAAGUCAGACAAGUCAAGUGCUCGAUGAAACAUCUAACAAUUUACUCUUUAUAUGCUAAUGCAUUAAUCACUCAGUUGGAAAUUUCACAACGAUGAAGUUCACCGCAGCAGCCUUUGUUUUUCUGACCUGCAUGACACUGCUGUCAACAACAGAAGUCAUCGCCGCCAGACUGCCGAUCCCACACCUUCGCUGCCAGUGUGUUAAAAUGCAUUCGGGAAAACAAAUUAAUCCUAAACUAAUCCAGAAAGUACAAAAGAUUCCUGCUGGACCACAAUGCAAAAAAAUGGAGAUUAUUGCCACUCUGAAAAACGGACAGACCUGCCUCAAUCCCAAUGAUGAGUGGGUGCAAAAGAUCAUCAGGAGCUAAUUUCCCAUCUGUGUUUGCAUGCACAUGCAAUGAUUUUUCUUACUGAAUGUUGUAGCACACAUUUUUUUCUGUGUAUUUCUGUAAAAUUGUAAAAUGCAAACUGUUUGGAUGCAUUCUCUCAUUAGAGAAUCACAUUUUGCCAAGGCGAAUUUAACAUCUGCAUGGCAGAAAAUUUUGUAUUAUCAUUUUGGCUGAAAGCAACAUUGCUUAUUAACACUUUGCAUGAAUAUGGAACAUCUUGUAAUGCAGAAAAUAAAAUAAAGAUUUAUU